GCCUAUGAUAUCUGGUGGCUUGUCACUGACCUUGACCCGGGCUGCCGCUUCUCGUUGAUCACCGAUUACACCCAGUCCCAGUAUGGCAUGGUCCCUGGAGUGAACGUCCCCGGGAAUCAAAUGCUCAACGUCGGCACCUCAGGAUGUUACUACAGCUCCAUUCCGUCCCUGAAAGAUAUCGGUGGAACAUUCUGUUGCGGACGAGAUGACUGCACGGGACUGAACAUGGGCAAUGCCGCCAUCUCUCUCAAGAAGCGCGAGGAGGACCAGCCCCCAACGGAGAAGCGCGAUGCGAGGAGAAAGCAUGCAAAGGGCGAGCGGCGUGCUGCUAAGAAGGCUGCUUUCGGGCGUCGCGAUGAUGAGGAAUGGGAUGGCACGGGCUGCACGGUUGUGGAAAGCAACGGGCCGUACACUCAAGCUGGCCACCAGACCAUCGUCGGAUCGACCCAGUACUGCGGCAGCAACGACGCGUGCUCAUUCCCCGUCUCUGGCAGUAUUUCAUCUGGAACUACGCUCAGCUCUUCUUACAGUCAAACCAUUACCAACGGAUUCGACGUCGGCAUUGACGUGUCGGUCGGUACCGACUUCAUUGUCAAGACUGACGUGACCACCCACUUUGGAUACAACUUUGCCGAGUCCAUCGCCGAGGAACAGGGUAUGAGCGUGGACGAAUCCAAGUCCUUCACCGUCGGCAACACGCUGACCCAGAAACCGGGUACUCGUGCCUUCCUGACUUUCACUCCCACCUACAACUGUGUCGAGUCCAUCCUGGAUUGCGGAGGAGAUUCCAACUCUGAUCCACUUUGGCUGUGCAACCCCGAGACUUCGGGCGAUCAGAUCCAAGGAGAUUACAUGGUUGUUUACACCAACUAGAGUUCGCAUUUCUAAUUAGCGCACUCUUGGAUGCAGCAGGGAUGGGGGGCCGUUGAAUAUGGAGGGCUUUUCUCGACAUUGUUCUUUACAUUCUUGUCCUGUUUAACUAUAGAUUCAAAGAUACAUUCUUCAUGAAAUAAUCC